GGGCUUUUUUCUGGAGAGGAAAGACGAGGAUUCUGCAGUUGAUGCUUAGGAAGAACACGCAGUAUAUUUUUGUUUCUUAUUUUUCCCUGAUUGCUACACUCUCUAUUCAUUUGGAUGUUUAAUACUGUCCUCGUGAAUCAUGGCUGGUGGAUUACUGCAACGUUUCAAAUGGCGUCUUUUCUCCCGUUUGUGGUGGCCAAGAUGGAUGAUCGUGUGCCUUGUGUUUUUCACGUCGGUGGCAAACUGUCAGAUUCGGUAUUCUAUACCAGAGGAGAUGAAGAAAGGCUCGCUUAUCGGUAACGUAGCACAAGAUCUUGGUUUGGAUGUAAAAAGGCUCCGUUCCGGUCGAGCCCGUAUCGUGACCGAGGAAAGCAUCCAGCACGUCGAGCUGAAGACAGACAAAGGCAUUUUGGUCGUGAAAGACAGAAUAGACCGAGAGCAGCUUUGCGGGGAUGUAACACCGUGCAGUUUCAGCUUCGAGAUUAUUUUAGAAAAUCCAAUUGAACUGCAUCGUGUCGUCGUUGAAAUUCUGGACAUAAACGAUCAUUCACCCGUGUUUCGAAAUAACCGCAUAAAAAUGGAAAUUAGCGAGUCUGCUGUCAUAGGAUCUCGCUUUGUGUUGGAAAGUGCGGAUGAUCCAGAUGUAGGAGUUAAUGCAUUACAAAAAUAUGUUUUAAGCACAAGCGACAAUUUCGUUUUGAAGGAACACGCGAAUCCAGAUGGAAGUAAAUUUGCAGAACUCAUCCUACAGAAACAGCUGGACAGAGAGGAGAACUCCCGACUCUCAUUUAGGAUGAUAGCGAUAGACGGCGGAACACCGCAGAGGUCUGGUACAGUAAAUAUCGAUAUUACAGUUUUAGAUGCCAAUGACAACCCUCCAGUUUUUAAUCAGUCAUUAUACAGAGCUGCUGUCUUAGAAGAGUCUGCUUUAGGUACCCAUAUAAUCACAAUAAAUGCUACAGAUGCUGACAGCGGGUCAAACGGCUUGGUGACGUACGCAUUUUCUAAUUUGAAAGAAAAUCUGGCUGAUAUGUUUAAAAUAGACAAAAACACGGGUAUAAUAACGAUUUCAGGCACAUUAGAUUACGAAAAGGACAAAAAAUAUGAAAUUAGAGUUGAAGCCAAAGAUCAGGGCGGAUUGACUGACCUCAGCAAAGUGAUCAUUGAUGUUAUAGACGUUAAUGAUAACGCACCACUUCUGAACGUCAUGUCUUUUUCCAAUACUCUGUCUGAGGACGCUCCUUUGGGCUCGACUGUAGCAGUUUUUACCGUUAAAGACGCAGAUUCGGAAAGAAACGGGCAGAUAACUUGCUCAAUAAAUAGUCGUUUACCUUUCAAAAUAAAAUCAUCUCUGACUAGUUAUUAUUCAUUGGUUUCAGAUACUGAAUUUGACCGAGAACAAACACCAGAAUACAACAUUAGUAUCACGGCGACCGAUUCUGGCUCUCCGCCUCUCUCAAGUACUAUAAAUUUGCACCUUCGUAUUUCUGAUAUUAAUGACAACGCCCCGGUGUUUCAUAAAUCAAUAUAUACUGCUUACGUCACAGAGAAUAAUUCUCCCGGUGUAUGUGUAAUCACUGUUAGCGCUUAUGACUCAGACUGGAGUAAUAACGCAAGAAUCUCUUAUAUCCUGGAAGACACAGAAAUCGGGGGUUUUCCAGGUUCUACUUACGUGUCUGUAAACUCUGAAACCGGAGUUGUAAGCGCCGUCCGUUCAUUUGAUUAUGAACAAAUUAAACAACUGCACGUUGUCAUCAAAGCGCAGGAUGGAGGCUCCCCUCCACUCAGUUGUAACGUGACUGUGAAAAUAGUGAUCCAGGACCAGAACGACAACGCCCCUCAGGUUCUGUACCCGGUCCAGACUGGAGGUUCUGUGGUGGCUGAGAUGGUUCCUCGUUCAGCAGAUGUGGGCUAUCUGGUGACUAAAGUGGUGGCUGUUGAUGUGGACUCUGGACAGAAUGCCUGGCUCUCCUAUAAACUGCAGAAAGCCACAGACAGGGCGCUGUUUGAAGUGGGUUUACAGAAUGGAGAAAUAAGAACUAUCCGCCAAGUCACUGAUAAAGAUUCUGUCAAACAAAGACUGACUGUGUUCGUGGAGGACAAUGGGCAGCCCUCUCGUUCAGCUACAGUCACUGUUAACGUGGCGGUGGCGGACAGCUACCCUGAAGUGCUGUCGGAGUUCACUGACUUUACGCACGACAAGGAGUACAAUGACAACCUGACUUUUUACUUAGUGCUGGCUUUGGCUGUAGUUUCCUUUCUCUUCAUCACGUGUUUAGUGGUUAUUAUAUCAGUGAAAAUCUACAGAUGGAGACAGUCUCGCAUCCUGUAUCACUCCAGUCUCCCGGUGAUUCCAUAUUAUCCACCACGUUACUCAGACACUUUGGGGACAGGGACUCUGCCACACGUGUACAACUACGAGGUGUGCAGGACGACUGACUCCAGAAAGAGUGACUGUAAGUUUGGAACAGCUGGUAGUCAGAACGUGCUGAUAAUGGACCCCAGUUCUACAGGAACCAUGCAGCGGAUACAGAGUGAAAAGAACAUCCUGGAUGAACCAGACUCUCCUCUAGAGGUGAGUUGUGGUUUUUAA